CAUCAGAUAUUAUCAAUGCCGGAAAGCAUAGAAGUGGCCGAUUCUGUUUCUGCUUCUAACUGAUUUCGAACUUAUUCUUUGGUGUUUCGUAACUGGGCUCGUUGCUCGUUGUAUGCGUUGUCUUAGCGUGAGCUUGUAUGCUUACUAUAUUUAAGCACGAACCACAAUGUUUCUUAAAGCAUCUAAGCAUGCAUUUCCAGUGGCUCGGUGUCAAUUGUGUUUACUUCAUCAGCCUGUGCUCAGUAAGUUAGCACUUAUUCCUCCAAGCAUUGGCUCCAUCGAUACUAGCUUAUUCGGUGAUUUUUUACGAACUACGAUCAAUUCUACUAAGAACUGGUGCUUCUCCUGCAAUCAGACUGUCCUGCACGGAUGCUGUCUUUGACUACAGUAACAAUACUUUCUUGUCUGGCUACGGUACUGGUUA